AUGGAAUACUCCAUUGAAGAUACGCAGAAUGCGGCUCCAGAGGGCCAGUCUAACGUUGAGCACCCUAAGCUCAGUUCAACGGCUUCCAAGGCGGACACUCAAAGUGUCACGAAGAGACUCCAGAGUGAGCUCAUGCAGCUGAUGAUGUCACCCUCUCCGGGAAUAUCAGCUUUCCCAGACGGGGACGGAAAUCUUCUCAGCUGGACUGCCACCAUCGAUGGCCCUGACGACACACCUUAUCAGAAACUAACUUUCAAGCUGUCAUUCUCUUUUCCUACAAACUACCCCUACGCUCCUCCUACAGUCCUAUUCAAAACUCCAAUCUACCACCCUAACGUGGAUUUCUCCGGACGCAUCUGUCUUGACAUCCUAAAGGAAAAAUGGAGUGCGGUAUAUAAUGUCCAAAGUGUGCUCCUCAGUCUUCAGAGUCUCCUGGGCGAGCCAAACAAUGCGAGCCCCCUAAAUGGUCAAGCUGCAGAGCUGUGGGACUCCGACCCUGCAGAGUACCAAAGACUCGUCCUUGCCCGACACCGAGAGAUUGAGGCUGGCGAGUGA